AUGUCACCGCCAUUGCCAGUAACUCUCAAACCUGGUGCACCAAAACGCUCCGCACCUCGCCAGACUACUACCACAACGGGGAAUACUACUCUAUCGCCGCCAGGGACCCUCAGGAAGAAGCUAUCUGCGGGUAUUUUAACCACAAGCACCACUGCUACGGGCAAGACGACGGCCCGGAUCACAACAACCGCAACUGUUUACCCACCAGCCGCUCCCGCUUCCGCGACCGCGACCGGAAACACACGACUCGGGUCCCGCCAUCCGCUGCGAGUUCGAAACGAAAAUGCCACGCCGGCCGUACGAACUGUGAAACCAGGAACCGGCACACCAAGACCACUCCCGUUGACCACGGGUAGGAUGCCACCUCAUGAGAGGCCAUCCGUCGCGGGCCAUCGGCAGCCGACGGUUGGGCGCACCGUAAACAAACCGCCCUUGACGCCAAAAAUCGCGACACGGCCGGCCGCUCCUCAGCACCAAGCCCCAACACUCGCGACACCGCUCGCCCGACGCUCCACCGCCGAAUUGACCCUGGGCGUUAACGCCAACAACUCCCGUGACCGGGACGACUUAACAUCGCCCGUUUCCGCUUUUCUCGGCAACAACGUCACGCCACGAUCAGGCGCGAGGCAGAACCGCGUCGACAGCGUUAACAGCACCCCAAAUGGCACGCCAAAUCCGGAUCGUCAAGAUCCCAUGGAGACACGGGCAGAAGAUGCCCACAAGAGACCGGUGGUGACCUUCAGCCCCGCUUCUGAAGCUGGGAGCAUACGACCAGAUCGAGACUCGAAGUUUUUUUACGCCUCUGAUGCCCCGAAAACAGCGGUGCAGACAACGGCUGCGAAGCCAUCCGCCCCGCAACAGCAAGAAAUCUACAACCUUCUUCUACGCAAACGGGAAUACCUUGCCAGAGCGGCAGCCUGGCCUUCCCAGGCCCUUCUCUCCGACAUCUCCCAAUGCCCAAGACAGUUUGACGAGCAAGUUCAUCUAUGCCAACGGAACUCCUGGGCUACAACCCCCAGCGAAGAUUGGGCCGUCAGCAAAAAGGUCGUCAGAAGCACGUCUCCUUUACUCUCGCCACAUCCCGAGCCGCCAUUGCCAAGCAAUUCAACUACAACCGGGUUUGCGUCGUUGCUCCAGGCAGCCGAAGACUUUGCCGAGGAGGAAACUGACGAAGAAGAUCAACCCCAGUCUGCCGAAAGCCCGACGAAGACACCCCAGGAUAACCAGCCGACAGAGCUCGUUGCUAACGCACGGCGCGAGCGCAAGGUGCAGGACCUACAGAUCACAAACGCCAGCCUCGAAGCCAUUAACCGCACACUGGAGCGUCAACUGAGGAAACAAACGGCUGAGCUACGGAGCUACCAGCGGCUGUCCCGGUCGGGACGGCUGAGCAUGGCCUCCAUGGGAAGUCGAAUUCCCUCGGACUCGACAACAGCAGAAGGGAGCGGUUUGGCAAGAGCCGGGAUAGACUUGGACAACCUGAGCGAGGAACAGAGCGAGAAGGAGGCCGAAGACGCCGAGCUGGGCGAGCUCCAUAAAGAGGAAGAAGAAGAAGAUGACCUGUCGGGUUCGGAGGCAUCGGGGGAGAUGAGCCCUGGUGCGAAAGAAUUGCGUCACGAAAAGCAGCGGAGAGGCGAGCGGCGCCUGGAAGCGGACCUAUCCAAACACCAGCAGUUGCUUGUGGACAGCCAGAAAAUCAACCAAAGCCUCAAGCGGUGCCUCGGAUGGACCGAGGAGCUGAUCAAGGAGGGUAAGCGCGCACUUGAGUACCGUGUCCGGCCCAGCGAUGUUGAGCUGGGGGGGAGAGUCCUCGCCCCCGAGGAAUUAGAGCGUCGGGAGCGCAGCGACGAGGAAGACGAGGACCAGAUGCUGGAUGAACACACCAUUUACGCAAUAGACGCGCUGGGUAGAGGGUCCCUUGAUAACGCCAGCUCGAUUAGCACCUGGAGCAAAGACCCGCAAGAUAGGGAUAGCGGGAUCGAGUUGCCCACUGACAGCGGGGAAUAA